AUGUUCAGAUUUCAAAUUUUCAGACGUUCGUUAUCUUUCAGAACAACAAUAAAUCCAAGUCGGAAAUUUCGUCUCGGACCAUCCCAGAACGAGCAUUCGUUGAUAUUACUUACAACACCAUCUCAGCUACAGCAAACCAUAGAAAAUGUUUACAAUAUUAUUGAGACUCGGAAUACAAGUAAUCUAAAGAUCGUCACAGCUUGUGUUGAUACCGUUGUUGGGAGACGCAAUGCUAUUUCGGAAUUAUGGUUUGAUCAACCGAUUACGAUCGAGAACUAUGAACUUGCUCCGGAUAACAGCAAUGAAAGUAUUGGCAGUGUAAAAAGUUCAUUUAGUGCUGUUGCACCUACCCAACUUGAUAAAAACUGGAAAGAUAAAUCGGUGAAUUCGAAUCUAAAUAUAGAGAUCGCAUGCUCAUCUGGGUCCCAUUUAUUGAACAUGCCUCUAGCGAAUACUCUGUUUACAAACGGGGAAUAUUAUACUAGCUUUUUCUAUGAUGAUGAUCAUCAUGCAGCAAAUUUGGAAAACUGCAGCCGUCUCUCGAUCAAGCUUCCGUUGCUAAAAACUGAUUGCAUAAAGUUACAAGCAUUUCAUCAGUUAAAGGAACUAGACCUGGGUGCCAAUUUAUCUGAUAACGACGGGUGCUUUCAAGUGACCGACUUUACAUCCAAUAUGAUUAAAAAGAUAAAUGGUCGGCCUGCUGCUGACUAUUUAAUUGCGAAUAAAGAAAUACAAAAUUCCAGGCGGGACGUUUUCAUGGAAUUAAUCGACCCUUUAGACUUGAAAGAUGCAAAACCAUUCUCCCGUACUAACUAUACAAACCAAUUUUAUAAAAUAGUGGUGGGUGGUUUGGGAUGGGGUGAGAAGCAAGGAAUGAUAGUCCUAGACCCAAUAGUGGGGAAUAUCGGCCAUAGAUAUUGCCGUUUAUUUCAAUACGAUCCUAGCAUUAAAAGGCCGAGGAUUGCUUCCGAACACCAGAGCGAGAUUCUAACUCUGGAUUGCAGUCAACCCGAAGUUGGAUUCAGAAAUUAUGCGGAUUCGAAUGAUGCUGAACUUAUUCUUGAAAAUGUUGCUGGACUGGGGAACGAAAAAGGAUUCAUGCUUAAUGAUAUCUGGCAUACAGAUAAGGGCAGCAUGCUAAGCAUUGUGAUCUGA